AUGGAGAUCGGUAUGCUGUUCUUCCUGGUUUUCUUUGCUCUGAAAGUUUUGUCUCAAGAUACAUUAUCCCCGUUGCGGAUAGAUUGCGGGUCAGAAACAAGCUACGAUGCCGUAGAUGGAAUUCUUUGGCACACAGAUUCAGAUUUCGUUAAAAGGGGCCAAAACGUGCAGCUUCCUAAUGGAAACCUCAGUGCGGAACGGCAAAUAAGCACGCUCAGGUUCUUCCCGGAACAAAACAAGGACUGCUACUCUUUGCCGGCGGCUGUGCAGAAGAGGUACUUCAUCAGGGCAGUGUUCUUUUAUGGGAACUACGAUGGCCUCUCGAGGCCUUCGAGCUUUGGUCUCGAGUUCGACGGGGACAAGUGGACCACCGUGUCGAACUCAACCGCAGAGCCGCAGUACUACGAACCAGUAAACACGAGUUGGGGUGAUUUAAUAAGCGUGUGUAUGGCUAGGACGCAGGAUGAGCAGUACCCUUUCAUCUUGGCAUUGGAACUGUGGCCCUUACCCGAUGGUAUGUAUGCUACUAUGGGCCAAGACAGGGCGUGA